GCUUCACUCAGGUUCCUCAGGCUUCCUGUUUUUCUCUUCAAGCUUUCAUUUUACCAACAAACUGUUUCCUGUUCUAAGGCUUCUUUGCGACUGAAAUCCCGCAAUUUAUCCCCAGCAAGACGCGGCCGGAGCUGCCACUGGGGACAGCAGCAGUGGAAGGCUGCAGAUCCCCCUUGCUGCCCCCGGGCCCCACCAUGGCCUCUCUCUGGAGCUCACUGGAAAGAGACGUGUUCAACCCACAGAGCAAGAAGCUGCUGGAGACCAUCUGUGUCUGGAAGACGGGGAAGAAGAAGAAAAUGUCCAUUCUCUGUGUAGUGGUGGAUGCCCUUAAGCCAGUGCAGCCAUUUCUGGCGAAGGUCAAAGUAGACCGAGGAGAGCAGUACAAGAUAGCCUACAGGUGGCCUUUAGCGGAGCUGAAGCUGGUGGAUGGCAAGACUCUCGAUCAGGCGAGCCUGGAUUUUGACCUGCACUUCGAUAAGGUUUACAAGUGGACUGCCAGCAGCUCUGACGAGAAGAAAACCUUUAUCAGAUGCUUGUGGAAGCUGAACCACCGGUUCCUCUCCAGGGCUAUCAAGUUUGUGAAUGUCCCCUCCUGUCCCGUGGAAGGGAGACAAAGGCCCCAGGAAGACAGGAAGGAUGCUCCAGAGACUGAGAGCCAGGAGGAGCUCAGUGCCUACCAGGAGAUGACACCGAAGGAGGCUGCGGAUGUGCUGAGGCUGAUGGAGGAGUACGAGCCCCUUGUGAACAACUCCGUGGCCUUUGCCGAGCAGCUGAGCAACGACCUGCACGUGCUGGACGAGGCCAACCUGAGGGCCAUCAUCUCUUCUGAGAAGCAGGUGACCAAGCUGAUGAGCUCCAUUGAUGAGGCCCUGGCAGAGGUGGCCAGAGUGGAGGAGACCUUGCAGGUCUACGAUGAGUUACUGGGAAGCGUGAAGCAGCAGAUGGACCACAUCCACCAGGAGAACUCCUUGCUCCAUCACAUCCUCUCUAACAAGACGAAGCUGAUGGAUGAGAUCCUCUUCCUCACGACCCACCUCGACCUUGGCAAGGAGCACUGCGAGGCCCUGAGCCGGGCAGACCUCUCCAGCCCCAGCGGCCUGAAAGCCUGUGUUGCUGCAGCAGAGGCAUUAUCUGGCUGCAUGAACAUCCAGAUACAGCCUGGUUACCGAAAGCUACAGGCUGUGGCGGAGCAGCUGAUCAUGUUUGAAACGCUCAGGCAGAACUUCGAAAACAGCUUCAUCAGUCACAUUACGAACAUCUUUGAGCUGCAGGGCAAUGCUCAGGUCGAUGCUCUCAUGAACCCUUUUGACAAGCUCUCUGCACCAAGCCAUAGUCUCCACCAUGAGGAACUGGCACCCUACACCCCGCUCACGGCCUGGCUGAGGAAUGCCAACCCAGUUCUCUUCUCUGAUCUCCCCAAGGUCUAUGCCCAGAACCUCAGCAGACUCUACGACAGGGAAAUCAAAGCCUUUUUUGAACAAGCCAAAAUGCUCUUGUUGGGAAGAAGAAAAGGAAGUCUUCAGGAGGGCUUGGAGAAGCCGAUGGUGAUGGGGAGCAGGCAGCACCCUCGCUGGAGCCUCCCAGGGAGCAGAGAAGGACAGGAGGACACACCGGACAGAGGAAACGUCAUCAAGAUGUUGGAGCAGGUGCUGCGAGAGCUGCAGCCCCUCUGCACCACGGAGCAGCAGUUCAUUGAGAAGUUCUUCCACCUGAGCCAGAACACCGCCGAGCUGCAGGUGCUGGAGCUACCUGCCUCUAAGGGAGGAGAAAACAUGGCAUCUGCAGAGGAUCCUCCUUGCACCAAGCCUCGGAGCCAACUAGAAGAACCUACAACCCGGCUGCUGAGUGAGAUUUUCAGUUCACUGGAGCCUGAGCUGAGAGGCUUCCUAGAUGUCUGCAAUAAGACCCACCCCUUCAGCUGCUUGCAGGUCCUGGUUACCUUGAGUGACUCCGUCUUUGAGAUGUGGGGCUCUUCCUCAGCUCCCCCCUCAUCCUUCCUCAACACUGUCCUGGGCAACAUGCUGCUGCUGGCCAAGAGCAGCUUCAACAAGUGCAUUGGGACCUUGUGCAAAGAAAUCAAGGAGGCGAAGGCACCCAGCAAGUUGAGAGGUGGAAUCCUGCCCUCUGUGAGCCGCUUCGAGGAGUUUGUGAAUUUCUCAGAGGAGGUGUUCAGGACAGCUCAGCGCAGAGGGGAGCUGGACAAAGCACACCUCAGGCUGGCCAGCAGUGUCUUCAGCAGCAUCAAUAGCCUGUCCUCAGCAAAUCUCAAGGUGAACACAGACAUGGUCAUGAUGGAGAAUUUCCACCACAUUCACUGCUUCCUGUGCCAAAAGAAGAUACAGUGCCUGGAGGACAAAAAGAGGGAAGCCAAGCAAAGGUAUAGCGAGCACAUGGAGAAAUAUGUCAUCACCUACCUGGGCCAGCCACUGGAAAAGCUCAACCACUUCUUUGAAGGGGUGAAAGCCCGCAUCGCUCAGGGGGUGAAAGAAGAGGAGGUCAGCUUCCAGCUGGCCUACAGCAAGCAAGAGCUGAGGAAGGUCAUUGAGAGGUACCCAGGCAAGGAAGUAAAGAAAGCCCUCGAGACCCUCUACAGGAAAAUCCACAAGUAUCUGUCGCCAGAGGAAAAUCUCCUGCCGGUGGUGUGGCACGCCAUGGAGCAGGAGCUCAUACGUCAGUACCAAGAGCUGGAGGAUCUGAUCCAACGUUGUUACGCAGGCUCGGGGAUCACCAUGGACUUCACCAUGGCAGACUUGCUGAGCUAUUUCAACUCCAUCACCCUGUCCAGCGUGUAGAGGCAGAUGCCUGUCGAUUGAGACCAGCUCAGGGAUCCUCUGCAGCUACACCUUCAGGAAGCUAAACUGAAAUGUAAAACUUCCCAGGCUGAAUUUUGAUAUGCAGUGAACUCAACACCAAGGUGCAGCUACCUUGUCAGUAUUAGACUAGAUCUCCUUUGGGGAAGUGGAGCUUCCAGGGGCAAAGCACAGCUUCCUCCCACAAAGAAAUCACUGUACAGCCAAUGAAAAAACUCCCAAACCUCAAGUUUCUGCCCAGGUGAGUGCCCGUGCUGUGCAUCUUCACCAGACCACUGCCUGCUGUGCCACACAGCUGAAUGAUGAAAGCCCUCUGCUCCCCAGGACUCUCUCCUUUUUAUCUACUCUCAGAUGUUACAGUGAACCUGUGCUGAAGCAAGAGGGUCACAGUGCAUCAAGCCACCCUGAUAUGCUGCAGUGCUAUUAUAUCUAAGCAUGCACAAUUACUCUGCCAAUUGGAGUGAAGUAAAUGCUACUGUUUUAGCAUCUCAGGGAAAAUGCUUCUCAAGGAUUAUCUUUUUCUUACCCUCAUUUUCUUACACAGCAUCCCAUAAGAAUGUCACAGCUUGUUACCAUAUUGUUUUUAAAAAUAUGGUCUUCACUCAAUUCUUGCAUCCUGUGUUGGUGACUUGGAGGCUGACAUCCUAUCCAAGAUAGACUUGUCUUUAAAAAACUAAAGACUCUGAGCUUAUUGGUUCAAUAAAAAGCAAAUAAAAGCACUGCUCACACUACUCA